CUGAUUCGACAUUUUCAGCAAUGUGACCAGUGUCUCCGUGAUCAAAAGACUCGAGCUUUCUGCUACUUCUGUUCAGCCAUCUCUAAACUGCCCACCUGUGCUCAUUGCGGCAAGCAGAAAUGCAUGUCAAAAACAGGAGAUUGCGUUAUAAAGCAUUCUGGAAAAUUCACUACAGGUAUGGGUAUGGUCGGUGCUGUUUGUGACUUUUGCGAAGCUUUCAUAUGCCAUGGAAAGAAGUGCCUUACUACUCAUGCUUGCUCGUGUCCCUUAAGGAAUGCUGAAUGCGUAGAAUGUAAGCGAGGAGUAUGGGAUCACGGUGGUCGAAUAUACAACUGUGGUUUUUGUUCCAAUUUCUUGUGCGAGGACGAUCAAUUCGAACAUCAAGCGAGCUGUCAGCAGCUUGACAGCGAGAACUAUAAGUGUACUUUUUUACCUACUUAUUUUGAAGGUCUGUCGUGCAAUCGUCUUGGCGCUUACACGUGCAUGCGAUGCAAGAUCUGCUUUUGUGACGAGCACGUUCGACGUAAGGGAGUGGUGAUCAGCAAAUCACAGGAGAUACCCUGCCCGAAAUGCUCCUGUCCUGUCAAAGAAACCAAGGAUUACAGUGUAUCUGGUGAGAAUGUCAUUUGCACAUCAAUAUUAGUUAUUGUUAGGACCAUACGGCGGCACGACUACGGUAGACAACAACGUCCAGGCUAUGAAGGAGGGGAUGACGACGAUGAUGAUUACACUGCUGAUUACGUUUUCAACAAGGAGAGCGAUGACGAUGACGAUGAUGCUGACUACAGCGAAGAAGAUGACAGCAGUGGCGAUGACUACGACUCUGAUGAGGAUGAUGUUGGUUCUCAAACGCGUCCAAGCAAGAGCUAA